AUGCCCCCCAAAAUAUCCCUCGGCAUCAACCUCUCCAAGCCUAACAAACCAACCAAACCAUCGCCAUUCGGAAUUCAAAACAAACCACUAGCAGCAGGUCAAAAGCGCAAGAAGACGGUUUUCGGGGACUCGGAUUCUGAAAGCGAGAGAGUCGAACCACAAGCGAAUAAUAACAAGAAUGGCGCAAUUGAGAUAACGACAUUGGGAGGAUUGGGUGACGAAGAGGAGAAUACCAAACAUGGGGAAUUUACGCCCCGAAAAGCGGCGCGAAUGACUCCUCAACUGGGAGGCGCAAAGCCACCUUUGAAGGCGAAGUCGGUAAAAAGCAGUAUAUUCGACGAUGAGAAUGACGAAGGACAACAACAACAACCACCCCCAGAAGGAGGAAAAACCUACGGCCUCCAAAAACCCGCCGCAGGCGGACCCGGACCAGAACCCGAAUACAAAAACCUCGCAGCCCUACACACAAGUCGAAAACAUGCACAACAGGCCGAAGAAAUCGAUCCAUCUAUAUACUCCUACGAUGCCGUAUACGACACCAUAAAAGCAAAACGCGAAAGUAAGAAGAAGCCUACCAACGAAGAGGAAGAAGGGUCAAGCAAGUACAUGGAAGCAUUAAUGCGAACCGCUGAAAUACGGAAACGAGAUCAAAUGCGUGCGAGAGAUAGACUGUUAGCUAAAGAGCGGGAGGCGGAAGGGGAUGAGUUUGCAGAUAAAGAGAAAUUUGUGACAGCAGCGUAUCGCGCGCAGCAGGAGGAAGUUAAACGCAUGGAAGAAGAGGAGGCGAAACGGGAGAAGGAGGAGGAAGAGCGACGCAGAAGGAAUGGAGAUUCGGGUAUGAUGGGGUUUUAUAAGCAAAUGCUUGCGAGGGAUGAGGAGUCGCAUGGUGAGGUUAUGAAGGCUACGGAGGAGGUAGCUAGAAAAGUGGCUGCUGGAGAAGUGGUAGAGACUGAAGAGCAGCAAGAAGCAAAGGAGAAAUCGGAGGCACAGAUUGCCGCCGAAUUGAAUGCGCGGGGUGCUAAUAUUAUUGUCAACGAUGAGGGUCAGAUAGUCGAUAAACGCCAAUUGCUCAGCGCGGGUCUGAAUGUUGCGCCUAAACCAAAGGCGAAACCAUCCGAUGCUUCGGCUCGCGCAGCGGCGGCAGUUCGUCCUGGUGCUCGACCCGGUGGACCAGCGUCAAGAGAAGCAUUCGCUUCUCGGGAGGCUCUACGCGCUCGUCAAACCGAGAUGAUUGCCGCGCAACUCGAGGAGAAAGCUAGACAAGAGGAAGAAGCCGAGAAGGCGCGCCUGAAGGAACUGGCAGAGAAGAAUAAGAGCCGAAAGACGGAGACGGAUGUGUCGAGUGCUCGUGAGCGAUACUUGGCGAGGAAGAGGGAGAGGGACGCGGCUCAGACUAAGGGAUGA